AUGGAUUUGAUCGUUUCUGUUAGGGGCCGAGAAACGUGCACAUCGCUCCCCAUUACGAAAUGGAAUCUACUCUUGCCGCCUCCGUCCCUCCCACCGCCCUUACCGACGACCUCUACUGCAAUUUCCCGGCCACCGUUGUCUCCCAGAUCGUUACGUCUUCCAUAUUCAGGGAGCUUCCUGAACCUGACGUCCAAAUCCUUGCCUCCGGUGGACUUCGAAUCCCGGCCCAUUCCGGCAUCCUGGCUUCGAUUUCGCCGGUCCUCGAACAAUUGAUAGAUCGGCCGAGGAAGAAGCGGAGCGCUAUGAAAGUGAUUUCGAUCGUUGGAGUUCCCUCAGACGCCGUCGUUUCGUUCGUUCGGUUCCUCUACAGUUCUAGAUGCACGGUGGAGCAUCUUGAGAAGCACGGAAUUCAUCUACUGGCUCUGUCGCACGUUUACAUGGUGCCGCAAUUGAAAGCGAUGUGUACUAAAGAUUUGGCUCAGCGGCUUACGAUCGAAAGCGUUGUGGACGUUCUGCAACUCGCCAGGCUCUGCAACGCAUCGGAUCUUUACCUCAAAUGCAUGAAAUUCGUGGCUGAUCAUUUUAAAUUCGUUGAGAAAACUGAGGGAUGGCAGUUUAUUCAAGAUCAUGAUCCUUGGCUUGAGCUUGAUAUUCUUAAGUUCAUCGACGAUACCGAAUCGAGGAAACAGAGGAACAGGAGGAUAAGAAAAGAGAGGAAGUUAUACCUAGAGCUACACGAAGCGAUGGAGUGUUUAGAACACAUAUGUUCAGAAGGGUGCACCAUAGUGGGGCCCUACAACGUGGAGCCAAAGAAGGAGAGAGAACCCUGCAGCCAUUACUCCACGUGUCACGGCCUCCAACUUCUGAUCAAACACUUCGCCACGUGUAAGAAGCGGACCAACGGCGUAGGAUGUGGGCGGUGCAAGCGCAUGUGGCAGCUCCUGAAGCUCCACUCCUCCAUCUGCGACCAUUCCGAGUGCUGCAAAGUCCCUCUCUGCCGGAAAUUCAAACAGCAGUCGUCGCCAGACGACGGCAACAAGCGCAAGGACGACGCGCAGUGGAAGAUGCUUGUCAGGAAAGUGGUUUCCGCAAAAGCCAUGUCUUCCCUGUCUUUGAGCAAUGUGAAGAUGCCGGAUGUGGAGGAGGAGAGGGCCAUCAGACAGCGUAGGAUCGGGAGCUUUAGGUUGCAGUCGGGUCGACGGCAGAGAUGACGACGCAGGUACUCAACGGGGGAGGGGCUGGGAUUGGGGUGGUCAAAACUGGAAACAGGGGAAUGUGAUUUGUAAAUUAUUUUUUGUUUGGGAGUAGAUGAAAGCCAUUGGAAUAAUGCAUGAAAGCAUUAUUAAAAUUAAAAAACAAAAAAACAGAAAAAGAAAAAGAAAAAAAAAAAGUAAGUACUGUUAGAAAAAAGGAUGUGAAAUCCGUGUACCUCCCUCCUCCUCCCAUAUAUGCAAAUGGAUAUUUAUGUUUGUUA